AUGGAGAUCGUUAUGAGAGAAGUCGACGGGAGGAUGGGCGGGGUCAUCGACAUAGAAGUCGAACAAGGAGCCCUGAGAAGCGGUAUCGGGAUCGGGACUCUCGUCAUCACAGAGAUCGAUCGAGGGACAGGCAUAGGGACGACGAUGGGUACCGCUCGAGCCGACUACAGAAGGAGGAGUCGUGAGAGGGAUCCUCGGGCGUACAGGGAUGAUUCCCGCGACCGAGCUCGAAGGCGGAGAGAAGGAUCUGCUGACUCUAGGCGCAAAGGGAGAAGAGACGACAGCAGAGAUAGAAAUCAGAAGUCGGCAGGUGGGAAAGAGAUAGCACCGACUCCUACACAGACCGACGAGGAGAAGAAAGCCGAGCGCCUUGCAAAAUUGGAAGCUUGGAAGCAAAAACAAGCCGCUGAAAAGGAUCGCAAACAGAAAGAAUUAGAAUCCUCGGGCGGAACUAGAAACCUCCUUGCCGAGAUUGACAAGAGAGCACAAGUGUCGCCAGCCGCAGCUUCGCCUGUCUCUCCUUCGACGCCUGCCGCCACCAACGGAGAUGCUUCCCCUGUCCCUUACGCCGGCAAGUUCGAUCCAAAAGCUCUGUCCAAGAAGAAGGCAUCUGCAUCAUCCAGCGCGAGCAAGCUCGGAACGGACAUUGCCUUGCCGGAAAUUGCCAAAGCGUCCGCCACCAUAAAACCCACCGCAAUUGGUUUGAAGGCUGACAAAACAGUAGCACUAGCAAAUGGCUCAUCAGCCGCUCCUGCAGCUAUGUUAAAGGCUCGUGGCAACGUCAGUGGCUUCGGGCUUGCGAGUAAAGCAACGACCGAACCUGAGAAACCAGCAGCCAAACCCGGUCUUAAUUUUGGUGAGGAGGAAGGAGGGCGGAAGAAACUAGAGAAGCUGCCGACCCCUCCACCCGAGGACAUUGCUAUGGACGACGAUACUGCUAUGGCUAACGGUGAUAAAGAAGACGAUUCUGACGAUGACCAAGGCAUGCAAGACGCUGGUACGGAAGAAGAAGCAGCCGCUGCUGCAAGAGCUGCGGCGGAGAAGCGGGAAGAGCGCCUCCAAGUCCAAAAUUUAGCUUAUCAAGCUGGUGAAGAUCCUGCUGCAGCUGUUCCAGAACAAGCAGAGACCAAUGGCGAUGCGCUAAUGACAGAAGCUCCAAACGAUACAACGCCGGACGAGGCAAUAGAGGAAGAGGAGGAAGCCGAUCCUCUGGAUGCUUUCAUGACCGGUUUGGGAGACCCAAUGAAAGCACCAAAAAUCAGCAACGGUUUCAAAAUCACAAAGAGCAAGGUCCAGCGGCCCGAGGCCAUGUUUGGAGAUGACGACGUCGAUCUGAACACGGUAACCGCAGACACAGAUGACAUUCUAGCCAUGGCGACCAAGAAGAAGAAGAAGGAUCUACCGACCGUUAAUCACGCCAAGGUGACGUAUCAACCUUUCCGAAAGAGCUUCUACCAUGAACCAUCGGAGCUGGCGGAGAUGACGGAGGAGGAAGUCGCUGAUCUGAGACUAGAACUUGAUGGGAUAAAGAUCAGGGGUAUAGAUGCUCCGAAGCCCGUGCAAAAGUGGUCUCAAUGCGGUCUUGGUGUGCAGUCACUCGAGGUAAUCCAAAGGCUCGGAUACGAAAAGCCAUCGUCCAUCCAAACGCAAGCGAUUCCCUCAAUCAUGUCUGGGAGAGACGUUAUUGGGGUUGCCAAGACUGGGUCUGGUAAAACCAUAGCCUUUUUGUUGCCAAUGUUUCGACAUAUCAAAGAUCAGCGACCUCUCGAUAGCCUGGACGGUCCUGUCGGCCUGGUCAUGACGCCCACCCGGGAGUUGGCGACUCAAAUCCACAAAGAGUGUAAGCCUUUCCUCAAGGCUUUAAACCUCAGAGCGGUUUGUGCGUACGGGGGCGCUCCGAUCAAAGACCAGAUUGCAGAUCUGAAGCGUGGCGCGGAGAUCAUUGUAUGCACUCCUGGACGCAUGAUUGAUCUAUUGGCUGCCAAUUCGGGUAGAGUGACGAACCUUCGCCGAGUCACGUACGUUGUGCUGGACGAAGCUGACAGGAUGUUCGACAUGGGCUUUGAACCGCAAGUCAUGAAGAUCUUGGCCAAUAUUCGACCGGAUCGCCAGACGGUACUAUUCUCAGCCACGUUCCCCCGCCAGAUGGAGUCCUUGGCCCGCAAGACGCUAUCGAAGCCCGUGGAGAUCGUCGUGGGAGGGAGAAGCGUCGUUGCUCCAGAGAUCACCCAGAUCGUCGAGGUGCGAACCGAGGAGACGAAAUUUGUCCGUCUUCUGGAGCUCCUUGGCAAAUUGUAUGAAGAAGAGAAGAAUGAGGAUGACCGAGCCUUGAUCUUUGUGGACAGACAAGAAUCGGCCGAUGGUUUAUUGAAAGAUCUGAUGCGCAAAGGCUACCCUUGUAUGUCAAUCCACGGCGGCAAAGACCAAAUUGAUCGUGACUCUACAAUCGAGGACUUCAAAUCUGGAGUCAUCCCCGUCAUGACUGCUACCUCUGUUGCUGCUCGUGGCUUAGAUGUCAAACAGCUGAAACUCGUGGUCAACUACGAUGCACCUAACCAUCUCGAGGACUACGUUCAUCGUGCUGGGAGAACUGGUCGUGCUGGUAACACUGGCACCGCUGUGACCUUUGUCACGCCGGACCAGGAGCGGUAUUCGCUAGAUAUUGCCAAAGCCUUGAGACAGAGUGGCCAAGAAGUGCCUGAAGAGCUCCAAAAGCUUGUGGAUGCAUUCAUUGACAAAGUCAAGUCUGGCAAAGAAAAAGUCAAUGGCUCAGGCUUUGGUGGUAAAGGCCUCGAGCGUCUGGACCAAGAACGUGACGCGGCUCGUGCUCGAGAGCGAAAGACACACAAGACUGGCGACGAACCUGACGAAGACGAAAAGGAGGACAAAGACAAGGACGAUAAGGGCGACGAUAUUAUCGCCAAAGCUGCUUCAAGCGUCCAGUCGGCUACCGCUCCACCCCCUACCCUUCUUGGUGUUCCCAAAGGCAUCGAUCUCGACGGCAAGAUCACGGUCCAUAGGACGGAAGCACCGGCGGAUGGCUCGAAGAACCCUCUUGACAAAGUCAGUCGUGCGGUCGCUGGUAUACAUGAUCGUCUCAGCAAGAACCGCGAGAUGCGUACUGGGGUGCCUAUUGACAACAAGGGCCCUGAUGCUGGCGCGUUUCAUGCAACGUUGGAGAUUAAUGAUUUUCCCCAAAAAGCUCGUUGGGCCGUCACCAACCGCACGAACGUCGCCAAGAUUCUGGAAGCCACAGGUACAUCUAUCACCACAAAGGGAAGCUUCUAUGCCGCAGGUAAAGAACCUCAAGCGGGCGAAAAUCCAAAGCUGUAUAUUCUGGUGGAGGGAGAUACGGAAGUGGUGGUCACCAAUGCUAUGAGAGAGCUCAUGCGGCUACUCAAGGAGGGUACUAUUGCUGCUGCUGACAGCGAUGCAAGGGCUCCUGCUAGUGGUCGUUAUAACGUUGUUUAG